AGAAGCUGCAGCUGAAAAUGUUGUUGAUGCUGUCGGGUCAUGUCAGGACUGUUGAUGGUGGCACCCUGCAGAUGGACUGACCACAGCACCACAUGGGACGUGAUUUACCUUGUUUACCUCCUGAGCAACCAACCACACUCUGUGAUUUAUUGUGUUCGGGGUCUUUACGCGCAGCCAACGCCUCCUUCCACACACUAGUAGUCCCGCUCUCCAUGUUGGCCCACAUUCUCCUCUUUUGCGAUGAAUUUCGACCAGAUCCUCUCUGCCAUCGGAGGCUUUGGCAGAUAUCAGAAGAUUCUGUACGUAUGGAUUUGUUUACCCCAGGUCUUCCUCGCCUUCCACAUGAUGGUGAGCAUCUUCACCGGAGCCACGCCGCCGCACCGCUGCCGAGGCUCCAACUCGAGCUCAGUGGCCGGAGUUCGGUCCUCGGUCCCGGGGAGCCUGAACUUCAGCCUCCUGUACUCUCCAUGCUCCUCCACUGGCGUCCCGCUGCAGGACAACCGGACCGAGGGCGUUCCGUGUGGCCGAGGAUGGGUGUACAGCCAGGAGACUUUCCUGAGCACCACGGUCACCGAGUGGGACCUGGUGUGCGACAAAGCUGGACAUAACAGCCUGGGUUCGUCCAUCUACAUGUUUGGCCUGUUGGUGGGAUCUGUGUUUUUUGGAGCCAUGGCUGACAGAUACGGCCGACGUUUCGUCCUGCUGCUGUCCAUCGCUCUUCAGACUGUGUUUGGAGUCGCUGUUGCCUUCGCACCCAAUUUCCUCGUCUAUGUGAUUCUUCGCUUCUUGGUUGGCACCACGAUAUCUGGAGUCAUCAUCAAUGCUUUUGUACUUGGCACUGAGUGGACUUGCACUAAGAGACGCAUGCUGGCCGGCAUCAUCACGGAUUAUGCUUUUGGCCUGGGCUACAUGCUGCUAGCAGGCUUGGCAUAUCUCAUACGAGACUGGAGAAAGCUGCAGCUGGCUAUAUCAGCCCCAGGCUUCCUCCUCAUCUUCUACAUAUGGGUGGUCCCUCACUCUGCCAGAUGGUUGUUGGCCAACGACAGGAGAGAGGAAGCCAUCGCACUCCUCCGCAAGGCAGCGCUUGUAAAUGGUCGAGUUUUACCCCCAGCCGCAGAGGUUGAAAAGUGUGAGCUCAUAGGUGGAGGGAAGCGAAGUUACUCAGCGGUCGAUCUCGUUCGAACCCCUCAGAUGAGAAAGAGAGCUCUCAUCUUGUUCUACAUCUGGUUUGUGAACGUGCUGGUGUACUAUGGCCUUUCACUGGGCGUGUCCAGGUUAGGGACUGACCUCUAUCUGAACCAGUUUAUGUUCGGCUUGAUUGAGAUACCGGCUCGUACUCUGGUCCUGCUCGUCCUUCCCUACAGCCGCCGAAUCUCCCAAAGCUGCUUUCUGGCUAUUGGAGGCCUCGCCUGUCUGCUAAUGCUUGCUGUCCCUGCAGAUCAGCCCUAUGUCCUGAAAGGUCUCGCCAUGCUGGGAAAGUUUGGUAUAACUGCUUCCUUUGCUGUCAUUUACGUGUACACUGCUGAGAUAUUCCCCACUGUGAUACGGCAAACAGGAAUAGGUGUCUCCUGCAUGUUUGCCAGGAUAGGUGGUGUGUUAGCACCCAUCAUCAACAUGCUUCAUAGCCACAACUCCACAUUGCCUCUGGUUAUCUUCGGUACCUGUCCGCUGCUGGGCGCCAUCCUGGCCCUGGCGCUGCCGGAGACUGCCGACAGACCUCUUCCUGACACGGUGGCGGACACAGAGAACUGGGACAUGAUGAGGUCGCAUCCCGCCAAGGACAACCCUGAGAAGUGUGAGUCUGUCAGGCAGUUAGCCAGCAGCACAGAGGAGCAGGAGCUGCAGCAUUUAGCGAGGCAGGCCUGACCUGUCUGUUCACAAAUUAAUACAGCCUUUGACACCAGAUGCAUGUCUUCAAACAUCCUCUUUGCAGUAACACGUCGGGUACAGAUUAAGAGCUCUAUGCAAGAAAGCCAAUCAGGUUUCAUUCACCAAACUAGCAUGCACAUGCAUGUGCAGUUGCAGGCAUAGGCACACAAAGCAGGCAUUCAUCUGUGCUGCCGAGGCAAAUCAACACCCGACUGUUACCUAACCUUAGUCAGGAGUAGAUCUGUUUCAGUCAGGUUUAUUCCUCAGAAGUCAACACUUUAAAUAUAUUCUUGAGAAUUAUUUUGAUGUCAAUUGUCAGUUAUGGGAGGAAACAGAAUAAAUUGUUGCUGUGUGUAUAUAAACUUGUAUUUGUACAUUAACAUGAUUUAGCUCAAACUUGUAAUCCUGUGUGAUGAAAAAAAUUACAUGGACACGAAACCCUGUUUUUCAGGACUGGUGCUUUUAUUACUCUGUGCGUUUCUUGAAAGCACUUUUAUAUUUUUGUACAGAAGUGUAUGUGGACUGUUUGUGGUACCUUUAUACUCGAACAAGCAAACUGCCUCGUUUUCCACUUAAUGAUCUCAAGCCAAGUGGAAUACAACUGGUCACGUCCCACUGCAUGCAGUAGUCACCUUCAUUAUGCCUAAUUUAGCCUUUUGUUACAGUAGCGGAUGUGACCAGUAGGUGAAGGGAUAUUUGUAUCAUUUUGUGGAGGUUUCUUCUUCUUCUUCUUCUCCUCAUGUAAAAUUACUUGCCAUGAUGACUUGGAUCUGUGGAGUAUCUCGUGUAUUUUAAAAAUGUUUAAGGGCUGUUUUUGUGAAUAUUUAUUAGUGAUACAUGAAGAAAAAACACCAGCAUGGGUCAGAAGGACAGGUCAUGUAGUAUCUAAUGUUUCUCAGGGAAGGGAAUUUGUAUUUCUAAAACUAUUAAUACCUAAAGAA